AUGAGUGGCUCGAAGCCAGACAUCCUGUGGGCACCACACCAGGUGGACAGGUUUGUGGUGUGUGACUCAGAGCUGAGCCUUUACCAUGUGGAGCCCGUGGGCAGCUCGGAACUCAAAGCAGGCUCUCUGAGGCUGUCUGAAGACUCCGCGGCCACCCUCCUGUCCAUCAACUCAGACACCCCGUACAUGAAGUGCGUGGCCUGGUACCUCAGCUAUGACCCCGAGUGUCUGCUGGCUGUGGGCCAGGCCAACGGCCGUGUGGUCCUCACCAGCCUGGGCCAGGACCACAACUCCAAGUUCAAAGAUCUGAUCGGGAAGGAGUUUGUCCCCAAACAUGCCAGGCAGUGCAACACCCUGGCCUGGAACCCGCUGGACAGUAGCUGGCUGGCCGCUGGCCUGGACAAGCACCGUGCUGACUUCUCUGUGCUCAUCUGGGACAUCUGCAGCAAGUACAGCCCCGAGACCACGGUGCCUCUGGAGAAGGGGAGGCUGGCUGCCGCAGGGGACACUGAGGCCGGGCUGGUGGUGACCAAGCCCCUGUAUGAACUGGGCCAGAACGACGCCUGCCUGUCUCUGUGCUGGCUGCCUCGAGACCAGAAGCUCCUCCUCGCCGGCAUGCACCGGAACCUGGCCAUCUUUGAUCUCCGCAACACCAGCCAGAAGAUGUUUGUGAACACCAAAGCUGUCCAGGGAGUGAUGGUGGACCCCCACUUCCACGACCGUGUGGCUUCUUUCUACGAAGGCCAGGUGGCCAUCUGGGAUCUGCGCAAGUUUGAGAAGCCCGUGCUGACCCUGACAGAGCAGCCCAAGCCCCUCACCAAAGUGGCCUGGUGCCCCACAAGAACGGGGCUGCUGGCCACCCUGACGAGGGACAGCGACAUCAUCCGGCUGUACGACAUGCAGCACACGCCCACACCCAUAGGAGAUGAGACUGAGCCGACCAUCAUUGAGCGCAGCGUCCAGCCCUGCGACAACUACAUCGCCUCCUUCGCCUGGCACCCCACCAGCCAGAACCGGAUGAUCGUGCUGACGCCCAACCGGACCAUGUCCGACUUCACUGUGUUUGAGCGCAUCUCCCUGGCCUGGAGUCCAGUCACCUCCCUGAUGUGGGCCUGCGGCCGUCACCUCUAUGAGUGCGCCGAGGAGGGUGGCGGCGACCCCUCUCUCGAAAAGGACAUCGCCACCAAGAUGCGCCUCCGGGCUUUGUCCCGCUACGGCCUGGACACCGAGCAGGUCUGGAGAAACCACGUGCUGGCAGGGAACGAAGACCCCCAGCUGAAGUCCCUCUGGUAUACUCUGUACUUCAUGAAGCAGUACACCGAAGACUUGGGCCCGAAAUCCCCCGGCCACAAAGGCUCGCUGGUUUACGCAGGCAUUAAAACCAUCGUGAAGUCGUCUCUGGGCAUGGCAGAGGGCAGCAGCAGGCAUAACUGGAGCGGGGCUUCUGAGAAGCCGAGCGAGGGCCAGAGUCUGAGCGAAGAGAGAAUCCUGGCCUUGCAGCUCUGUGGCUGGAUCAACAAGGGGACCAGCGUGGAUGUGGGCCCCUUCCUGAAUUCCCUUGUGCAAGAGGGAGAAUGGGAGCGCGCUGCCGCCGUGGCCUUGUUCAACCUGGACAUCCGACGAGCCAUCCAGAUCUUGAACGAAGGUGCCUCUUCUGAGAAAGGCGACUUGAACCUCAACGUUGUGGCCAUGGCACUGUCAGGGUACACAGAUGAGAAGAACUCCCUUUGGAGGGAGAUGUGCAGCACCCUACGGCUACAGCUUAGUGACCCCUACCUCUGCGUCAUGUUUGCCUUCCUGACGAGUGAACCUGGCUCUUAUGACGGUGUCUUGUACGAGAAUAAGGUGGCCGUGCGAGACAGGGUGGCAUUUGCCUGCAAGUUCCUCAGCGAUGCUCAGUUGAAUAGAUACAUUGAGAAGCUGACCAACGAAAUGAAGGAGGCGGGCAACCUGGAGGGCAUCCUGCUGACGGGCCUGACCAAGGACGGGGUGGACUUGAUGGAGAGCUACGUCGACAGAACGGGGGACGUGCAGACGGCAAGCUAUUGCAUGCUCCAGGGCUCUCCCUCGGACGUCCUUAAAGACGAGCGGGUGCAGUAUUGGAUUGAGAACUACAGGAAUCUGCUGGACGCGUGGCGCUUCUGGCACAAGCGCGCAGAAUUCGACAUUCACCGCAGCAAGCUGGACCCCAGCUCCAAGCCCCUGGCACAGGUCUUCGUCAGCUGCAACUUCUGCGGCAAGUCCAUCUCGUACAGCUGCUCGGCCGUCCCCCACCAGGGCCGGGGCUUCAGCCAGUACGGCGUCAGCGGCUCCCCGACCAAGUCCAAAGUGACCAGCUGCCCCGGCUGCCGGAAGCCGCUGCCGCGCUGUGCCCUCUGCCUCAUCAACAUGGGGACGCCCGUCUCGAGCUGCCCAGGAGGGUCCAGGCCGGACGAGAAGGCGGACCUCAGCAAGGACAAGAAGCUCGCCCAGUUCAACAACUGGUUCACCUGGUGCCACAACUGCAGGCACGGCGGCCACGCCGGCCACAUGCUCAGCUGGUUCAGGGACCACGCAGAGUGCCCCGUGUCUGCAUGUUCCUGUAAGUGCAUGCAGUUGGACACGACCGGGAACCUCGUUCCGGCAGAGACCGUGCAGCCCUAGGCCGUAGGUUUCGGGGUGCUGCUUCCUAGCAGGGCUCCACAGAGCCGAGUCACCCCCAAACACACACCCCACUUGGAGGCCCAUCCCUCAGCACUUUUCCUCGAGGCCACCAGACAUCACCCUGAUGACCUCAUGCCGUUCCAUUUGGGUAGAACCAUCGUGGUGGGCGAGCGGGAAAUUCCUCAUCAAUAGUGUAAUCCAGCCCCCACGAUCCCAAGAGGCUGGAUCCAUCUUCAAAUGGGGCCUCUGAACUUCUGGAGGGUCUCCUCCCUCUCCCCUUCUCCAGUCCCCUUCCUAACCCCCCCCCCCCAAAGAGGAGUGAUUCAUACAACAGGAUGGGGUUUCCUGUCCCAAGGCCCGUCUUCCUGCCAUCCACUUCCAUGGUUCCAUUUGGGGACCUGUUAGAUGGGCCCUCAGUGUGCCAGAGGAGGAGAGUCCCUUCCCUGUGUGGCCCAGUUCUGUUCCAAAAUGCCCCUCUAAUCCCUGGGCCUGCCCCCCGGCCCCUCCAAGGGCCACCCAGCCAAUUCUCAGUGCAGACCCAGGAAGAGAACACGCAUGGACCCUGGGCCUUGACCCCCAAGCAGCCAAAACAUCUGGGGGGCAAGGGCCCUGGGCGUCCUCUGGGCAAGCCCCUCUGGAGCAGUGGGAGCACAGGUCAACCCGGCAUCCUGAGCCCCGGAGCAAAGCUUUGUGCUGCCCAGCUGGGUCAUUCUGGUCACCCCGGGGCAAAUGCUCUUCAGGCAAUCACAGUAGGUGAGCUGGAUUCAGAAACCAAGCUGUGACCAGAAGGGGCUUGGGGCAGCCUCAAGGAAGUGGCUCUGUGACAAUCUGACUUUAAAAGCAAAAUUGUAAUUAUUGUGGAUAUUUAUAAUUUUUGUACAGGGCUGUUUUGUUAAUAAAGAGGAUGUUCACAUUG